CUAUAUAUUGUGAUUAGGCAUAAAGCACAAUAAUCCCAAGCCUUGAGUGUUGAAAAAUGGUAACAAUCAUAGGUUCGUAUAGUGUGACUCCAAAAGAAGAAACUCCGAAUGGCGUUUUAUGGUUAGCAGAGAAUGACCAAGUCCCACGUUGGAGUCACCAAUCCAUACUCUACAUUUACAAGCCAAAACAUUCAGAAUCCGAAGAUGAUUUCAAUGUGUUUGUUGAGAGAAUGAGAGAGUCUCUUAGCCACAUCUUGGUUCCUUAUUAUCCCUUAGCUGGCAGGUUGAAUUGGAUCCAAGGUGGUCGUUUGAAACUGGAUUGUAACGCAAAAGGAGCCAUGCUUCUUGAAGCCCAAUCCAACAAAUCAAUGGCUGAAUAUGGAGACUUCUCACCGAGUCAGCCAAUCAAGGAACUCAUCCCAACCGUUGAUUAUUCUCGACCCAUAGAGGAGCUUCCUUUGUUGCUCGCACAAAUCACAAGGUUCCAACAAUUACAAGAAGGCAUCGCCAUUGGAAUCGCUUGGUCUCAUCCCAUUUGUGAUGGCCUUGCAGCUAUUCACUUCAUCAAUUCAUGGGCAAAGGUAACUCGAGGAAACAAAUUGGAGGCAAAUGAAAUCCCAAUUCUGGAUCGAACGUUGCUGAAACCCUCACACCCACUGUCACAGCCUCGCUUCGAUCACAGAGAAUAUAAACCUCUUCCGCUCAUCCUCGGAAGAAGCGACACCAUCGAGGAGCAAAAGAAGAAAACAUCUUUCGUGCAAUUGAAGCUCACAUCCAUGCAAGUCCAGAAACUGAAGAAAAAUGCCAACAAUAACGACUUCCAAUCUGAGAAGCCUUACACCAGAUUUGAAGCUAUUGGAGCUCAUUUAUGGAGAUGUGCUUGCAAAGCACGCGAGCUUCACAAGAACCAACCAACCGUAUUCAAGACGGUGGUUGAUAUUCGCAAGAAGAUGAAUCCUCCUCUGCCUCAAAACUAUUUCGGAAAUGCUUUAGCUGGCACGGUGUCUCCGACGUGCUACGUCGGAGAGAUCGUAGCGAAACCGUUGAGUUAUGCUGCAAAGAACAUACGAGAAGCAGUGAAAAUGAUUAAUGAUGAGUACAUAAGAUCACAAAUUGACUUUUAUGCGGGUGAAGAACAUAUGGAUCGAAUUAGGGUUCCUUACUUGGAGAAAGGAGAGCACAGAGCAGAUAUUCUGUUUUCCGGGAAUCCAAACUUGAGAGUUACAAGCUGGAUGGGCAUGCCGGUGUAUGAAGCUGAUUUCGGUUGGGGAAGGUUAGUUCACUUUGGUCAAGGUGCUUUGUCUCCCUUUGAUGUGGGGUUUGUGGCUCUAAGCCCUGACAUGGAUGGAUCCAUUCUUGUUUUCAUGCAUUUCCAGGAAGCUCACAUGCAAAAUUUCAUCAAGUUCUUUUGGGAGGAUAUAUGAUAGUCAUUAGGGAAGGUGGAUCAACUACACACACAUGCUUUCUACAGAAAAGUACAUGUGUGCCUACUUUUUUUUUUUUGUUAUUUAUUAGAAUGAUGUGAUGCAAUUAAUUUUGUUUAGGUCGAUAUUAGUCAAUUUUAAAUUUAUUUUACUUAUCUUAAAUGUUAUAUUUAAAUUAUAUAUUUUUUAUUUUGUAUCUUACAUUCUAAAUUUUAAAAUUAGUUUGUGUUGGCUAAUUAAAA